AUGAAGAACGGACAGUGCGCACAGGAGCUACAAUCUUCCACUCAAGCUUCACAUGAGUCACAAGGUGAAGAGAAAAAUAUCCAAUCAGUAGAAGCUCCUAUUCAAGAUGCUGUUUCUGUAUCUGGUUCAAGCACUGACAGUAGGAAAGUUUCAAGACAAGAUAUUGAACUUGUCCAAAAUUUGAUAGAAAGAUGUCUUCAGUUGUACAUGAACAGAGAUGAGGUCGUGAAGACCCUCUUGACUCGGGCUAGGAUAGACCCUGGAUUUACAACCUUGGUUUGGCAGAAACUGGAAGAAGAAAACGCAGAGUUUUUCAGGGCUUACUAUAUCAGGCUGAAACUGAAGAAGCAAAUAAUAAUGUUCAAUCAUUUGCUUGAGCACCAGUCCCAACUCAUGAAGUAUCCUCCUCUCCCUCCAAAAAUUGCUCUGGCGCCGAUGCAAAACGGAAUGCAUCAUCAUCCCAUGGCACCUGUUAACAUGCCAAUGGGAUAUCCAGUACUUCAACAUCCCCACAUGCAUGCUCCGGGACAUCCUCAUAUGGAUGCAAUGGGAAUAUCAAGCUGCCAUGUUGUUAAUGGAGUCCCUGCGCCUGCGAAUUUCCAGCCAAUGAGGAUGAACUCCGCGAAUGAGAUGGUGGUGGAUACAAGUGCUGAUGAUGCUGCAACUCCUCAAGUGAAUCCAACAAACAGCUGUGGGGUGUCUGAGAUGGCAGUGAGUCCAGCUUCUGUGGCAUCAAGUGGACACUUCCCAUUUGCUGCUUCAGACCUGGCCAUGGACAGUUCAGUGCUUGAUUCCGGAUUCACGUCUGAUGUUGGAGGAGAAGGAGGAGGAGGAGCAGCCGGCAGCUCCAGAGAUUCUCUCAGGUCGUUUGAUCAUCAGAUUCCUUGGAACUUUAGCCUUUCUGAUCUCACCGCAGAUCUGUCAAACUUGGGAGACAUGUAUAUCGCAGAUUUAGGAGCCUUAGGAAACUAUCCAGGCUCUCCGUUUCUUCCAUCCGAUUCUGAGAUUUUGCUGGAUUCUCCUGAACAAGAGGAUAUAGAGGAGUUUUUCGUGGAUUCCGUGCCUGGACCUCCAUGUUCUAAUUCAGACGAAGACAAGCCUUGA